AUGAAUGAGAGUGUUGGGAAGGGAGACUUCAGUGCUGAUCAGGUUGAAGAUCAUGUUGUGACAACUUCUCCUUUCAUCUUGGUGCCAAAUCACCCCAAACCCAUAGAGUUCAAAGAGGCAUUCCAGCUUUUUGACCGGACCCCGACAGGAGAGCUGAAGAUAUCGUUCGCCCAGUGCGGGGACGUGAUGCGGGCUUUGGGCCAGAACCCAACAAACGCUGAGGUCUUGCAAGUGCUGGGGAAGCCCAAGGUGGAAGAAAUGAGCACCAUGUUGAUCGACUUCGAGACCUUCUUACCUAUGCUUCAUCAAGUCUCAAAGUCCAAAGACAGAGGCACAUUUGAAGACUUUGUUGAGGGACUUCGUGUUUUUGACAAAGAGGGAAAUGGAACUGUCAUGGGAGCUGAGCUCCGCCAUGUUCUGGCCACUCUUGGUGAGAGGAUGACUGAGGGAGAGGUGGAUCAGCUGCUGGCUGGGCAGGAGGACACCAAUGGCUGUAUCAAUUAUGAGGCCUUUGUCAAGCAUAUCAUGGCUGGCUGAACAAAUCCAGAGGGACACGGAGCACUCUUCAUUUGAAAUCCAAGGGAUCUAAAAUGACAGCUGUGUAACAGUAUGAGGUUUACAUAAAGGGUAGCAAGGAAUG